AUGUUUUUACCAAGAUCUGUUAAAGUCAAGAGGACUGUUGAUGACGACAAAGAUUGUACAGCUAAGAAAAAGAAACUGUCUUCUGGAGAAUCUUUGCUGGAAGAGACCACAGAGUUCCAAGACUGUAAGUUGGUUAGAACAGAAACUUGUGCUUCAAGAUGCAAUUUGAAUGAAGUUGUACAAGAAUGCACAGAACCCGUAGCUGGAGAUCUUGGUGUUCCAAAUACAACUUUGGGAAAGGACAACCAAAAUAGUGAUGAAGAUAGCUCUUUGGAAGAACCCAUAAAAUCCUUCAGCAAAUCCCAGCGUUGGCCAGAACCUGGAGAACCUGUAUGUGUUGUGUGUGGUCGCUAUGGAGAGUACAUCUGCGAUAAAACAGAUGAAGAUGUUUGUAGCUUGGAAUGUAAAGCCAAACACCUUCUACAAUCUCAAGAAAAGGAAAAAAAGCUAAAAUCGGAUCAACUCACAAAAGAAGAAAAUCGAGCAGAUACUCACCUAUUUAACACACCUUAUUUCUACAAAGAUCAUUCCUUUAUUUUAGGUUUGCGAGAUGAUCAGAUUGAGAACCUUAAACUGCAGCUAGGUAUUGCUGUCCAGGGCCAGCAAGUUCCAAGACCUAUUGUAGAGUUUGAGCACUGUGGUUUUCCUGAAACUUUAAACCAUAAUUUAAAAAAUUCUGGCUAUGAAGUCCCAACUCCCAUCCAAAUGCAAAUGAUCCCUAUUGGACUGUUAGGGAGGGAUAUUGUGGCUAGCGCAGACACAGGCUCUGGAAAAACAGCAGCCUUCCUACUCCCUGUUAUUAUGAAGGUUUUGAAAGAGACAGAAACUCCAUCUGCCCUUAUUUUGGCACCAACAAGGGAGUUAGCAAUUCAGAUAGAGAGACAAGCUAAAGAACUGAUGGCUGGUUUACCAAACAUGAGAACAGUUCUUCUGGUAGGAGGUUUACCACUGCCACCACAGCUUCACCGUCUCAAGCAAAGUGUUAAGGUUAUAAUAGCAACACCUGGAAGACUUCUUGAGAUUUUAAAGCAAAGUUCUGUUCAACUGCAUGGCGUAAAAAUUGUAGUGGUGGAUGAAGUGGAUACCAUGUUAAAAAUGGGUUUCCAGCAGCAAGUGUUGGACAUUUUGGAAGACAUCUCUCAUGAUCAUCAAACCAUACUGGUGUCAGCCACGAUUCCAGUAGGCAUUGAACACUUAGCAAAUCAGCUUCUGCACAAUUUUGUAAGAAUAACAAUUGGAGAAAAGAAUCUGCCAUGUUCCAAUGUUCGCCAAAUUAUUUUGUGGGUAGAAGAACCAUCUAAAAAGAAAAAGCUGUUUGAGAUACUAAAUGAUAAGAAGCUCUUCAAACCUCCAGUGUUGGUGUUUGUGGACUGUAAGCUAGGAGCAGAUCUGUUGAGUGAUGCUGUUCAUAAGAUUACAGGAUUGCAAUGUACAGCUAUGCAUUCUGAAAAGUCUCAGGUGGAAAGAACAGACAUAUUACAGGGAUUACUUCAAGAGAAGUAUGAAGUUAUAGUAAGUACUGGAGUCCUUGGACGCGGGCUUGACCUUGUCAAUGUCAAACUGGUAGUAAAUUUUGAUAUGCCUUCAAGUAUGGAUGAAUAUGUACAUCAGUUACUAAAAUCUGGAAGAGUUGGAAGAGAUGGAACUGCAAUUACUUUCAUCAAUAACAACAGCAAGAAGCUCUUUUGGGAUGUUGUGAAGAGAGUAAAACCAACAGGCACCAUUCUUCCCCCACAGCUGCUUAAUUCCCCGUAUCUUCAUGACCAAAAGAGAAGGGAACAACAGAGACUUAAACAAUUACAGAAUAGUCUUGUAACAGGAGAUAAUAUUAUGGACAUUAUUAGAAAACAUGACAAAAAUAGUUCUCAGAGGUAA